CCCAACAGCCUAACACGCCAAGAGCCUGAUUCAUUCCUGCUCGGGAGUAAAAAAAACAGCGCAGGGCUCAUGGAGAUGGAAGGAAACCAAAUCCAGACCUCACCCAUGGGGUCCGCGCCGUCGAGGUCGUCCCCCCGGCAGUGGAGCUGGGGCUCCGCCCUCGCCGGCGCCGUCACCACGGCGGCCGCGGCGGGCGUGCUGGUCUGCAGGCCGAGGGACCCGAGCUUCGAGCUCAUCUCCAUGAACCUGUCCACCUUCCACUUCCGGCCGCCAGCGGCGCUGGACAUCGGCCUCACCCUCACCGUCCACGCCACCAACCCCAACGUGGUGCCCGUGCGCUACGGCGCCUCCAACGUCUCCAUCCUCUACGGGGGCACGCUCCUGGGCACCGCGCGCCUCGACGCCGGCCAGCAGCCCGCCACAUCGUGCCGCCUGCUCCACCUCCCGGCCCGGCUCGACGCCAUGGAGCUCGCGCACCACGCCGGCGCCAUCCUCGCCGACACCGCGCGCCGGCACAUGGAGCUGGACGCCGUCGUGGAGAUCGCGGGCGAGGCCACCGUGCUGCUCUGGUCGCGCCGCUUCUCCGUCCGCAUCGACAGCCACAUCGUCGUCGACCCCGUCUUCCUCGAGGUCGUCGAGCAGGACAACCGCUCCGAGAUGCAGCUCUACCUAACCUGACCUCAGUUAGCUGCUAUGUGUAUCAUCACCACCUGAACCCUCUCUGGAAACCUUAUUCGUCUGUUUGUGCGAUGAAAUGCAAUGCAAUCUCUCCCAAUUCCAAGCAAUGAAAUGCAAUGCAAUCUCUCAA